AUGAGACCGCACACGUGGCGCACACGUGGCGGAUCAGGUCGCUUUCGUUUCAUCGUAGAUCUACACCUCGCGCGUCAAAAACUACGCCAGAUGGUCCUUUUUUUCUGUCUCCAUAAAACGCUCGGAUCUCAAUUUCCCCGACCAGCCAGUGCCGUCAGUCACGACAUCACAACGUCUGGCUCUUUCUCGCUUCUUUCAACCUUCACCGACGUCGCCUCCGGCAGGAUCGACAGAGAAGACAAUGAAGUUCCAAAUUCGAAUACGCUCUUUUUCGUUCCACAUUUCGUAGCGAAUCGCUUGCCUAAUCACAAUUUCCGUUCUACCGGUGUCUCCUAUCCGCGUUGUCCUCAACAUUCCUUUCACUUCAGGAACCACCUCUGUGUGGGGGGCACGUCCCUGUUGCAAACGGCGGGUAAACUGUCAUCUAUCCGCGACUCUUCCCCGACUCGCAGAAAGCGCGCAUCUCUUCCAACAUUCAUGCUCACUGUGGCAGAUUCUGAUUCUGGUCGAGAUGCCCUGCAGCCUUCGUCGCAAGUUCAGGAUCUGCCCAAGCGACCUAUUCGUAGGCCUCUUGGCCGUACUAACGGCGAAAGUUCAGCGCGUAGCUCUACGAAAUCCCCAUCACAGACUAGCGAAGCAAUGCGGUUGCAAGGAUCUGAAUGCUUGGCAACCGGGGAUUUCACACAAGCAAAACGUCUGUUUCAACGUAGUGUUGAUGUCGAUCCGACAAAUGGUCGGGCUUGGCAAGACCUCGCAACGGCUGUUGAACGCUCGUCGCAGGGGAGCCGGCUUGACAAGGUGAAAGUAUUAGAAGAUGGCCUUCGACACAACCCAUCAAAUCCGUACUUAUGGCAGUCGCUAGCAGUCGCUAAUCUUCGAAUGUCCAAAUUAGAGGAGGCAUGCCAUCAUUGUCAACAGGGUCUACGAAGAGAUCCUUCCCACGCCUCGCUCUAUGUAACAUGGGCAACUGCGGAAGAGAAGCGAUUUGAUGUGGCAACAGCUCGAGGGAUAUACGAAAAGGCAGAUGAAUUCGCCACACCGGGAGCGAAACUGUAUCAUUCGUGGGGCCGUAUGGAGCUGGGACAAGGAAACAAAGCGCGAGCUCGUGAGCUUUUCGAGAAAGGCCUUGAGUGUGAUUCUCGAAAUCAUUACAUAUGGCAUUCAUUAGGUUCUAUGGCGAGAGCGGAUCACGAGGCUGGUCGUGCUCGCGAUUGCUUCGCGAAGGCUCUUCAAUCGGAUAUGAACAAUGUUGUCGUGCUAGAAGAGUGGGCUAAACUGGAGGCAUAUGAAAAAAAUUACGGUCUUGCUCGGUCUCUAUUCUCACGUGGAGCAGCGGCAAACAGAAGAGAUGUUCGCAUUCUUCACAGUUGGUCCCUCUUUGAGUAUCAGAUGAGAUCUUAUCAAAGAGCAAAGGAACUCAUUCGAAGUGCGGUCCGCAUAUCUGACAGAGACUCCAUAUUGUGGAAUCACUAUGCCAAAGUUGAGGCUGCACUCAAGAACUACCCCAGGGCUCGUGCCCUGUUCAACAGAGCAUGUGACGUGAAUCCUACGGAUUGGCAAUCCUGGGACAACUGGAGCGCGUUGGAACACAAACUUGGGAACAAUAAGCAGGCCGCAACUUUGCUCCAGGAGGCUUUUCGGGUUCGGUUCAAUGCAAAAGGUGCUUUCACGGUCCUUGCGAACAACAUCUCAGACGCACCGCCGACUUUAAAUCCCAUGGAUUCGUAACAUACUCUUAACCAGCGUAGUACAAAGUACAGAGUUGUGCAAGCCUUCCGCGAAUGUCGCAGGUACACUUGUUCAAAGCUUCCGCUGUGGUUGCAA